CGGCAGACUUGUAGCGUUGAUUUCGACAAAAUCUUGGUCAAGUUGGCUAAGAUAGAGCUUAAUAAUACAAAAACAAUUAUCAGGGAAAAAGCAUGUCCUCUUUGUAACUAAAAAGACAUUGCAACCCAACAUAUUUGUUCUAUUUACGUAAUUUUCUUGAAUAUCUAUAAUAUGAUUAUAUGAAUAAUUGACACUUAUUCUAACUAUCAAAAUAUCACUUUUUCAUUCAGGAUUACACGACAAAUAAGUUAUGCUACCUUUUUUUUUUUGUAACCUAGCCACUUUCAUUCAUUAGAAAAUUCCUUUAAGGGAGGCUAAAUCAUUUACACAACAUAAUAAUAAGUUAUUUGAUAUGUUAAAAGGAAUGUAUUUACUAUUCAAACACAAUCUACUAAAUUUAUUAGUAUAUGAGAUCCCAUUUAACUCAAGUUCGAACUAAUUAAUACUCUCCAUGUAUGCCUUUAAUGAUGCGAGUUGGCUUACCAACAAUAACAUGAACGACAAGAACAUACCAAGGUCGCCCCAUGCAUGCAAUGGAAUGAUAUAUAUCGUAAGCUGCUUGUAAUAACAAAAUUCAAUCCACUCUGUCCCUUUCUUCCUCUCCCUAAAAAAAGACUCAUUCUCAUCUAAACCAACAAUACCUCAUCCAAUAAUCCUACAAUUCCUCGCCAUCAAUCUUCCAUCCAUUACCAAAAACAACUGUCAACAAAUCAAAACAAAAUGCAAACAGAAACAACCCUACUUUCUCUCUCUACACACACAUCGUAUUCUCUCUCUAACGUCCAUCGAUUCUUUCUUCCCUCUUUGAUACCCCCAAGGAAUUCCUCUUCUUUACCGCUUGUCAUAGCUAGGCCACCUCCCCAGAAGGGGAAGAAGAGAGAAAAACAAGGAAAGAAAAAGAAAACCCAUCACUCUCUUUUUUUCUCUCCCUCCCUAUCUCUCUCUUCUCUCCUUUCUCAGAGAGUCUCAUCCCCCUAGCUAGAGAGAAAUGGGGAACUGCUGUUCACGAGGCAGCGAAGGAGAUGCCUCCAAUGAAGAAAAGGGAGAAGGCACACAACAACAACAGGGUGGUGGUAGCAGCGCCGGAGGAGGAGACGGAUCCAAGAUUGCACCACCAUCCCCCGGCCCGCCCCAGGCCUCCCCGAAGCCGUCCAAGAACGCCCCCAUCGGGCCCGUCCUCGGCCGGCCCAUGGAGGACGUGAAGUCCACGUACUCCAUCGGGAAAGAGCUGGGUCGAGGCCAGUUUGGUGUCACCCACCUGUGCACCCACAAGUCCACGGGCGAGCAGUUCGCGUGCAAGACCAUCGCGAAGCGGAAAUUGGUGAACAAGGAGGAUCUGGAGGACGUGCGGAGGGAGGUCCAGAUCAUGCACCACCUUACGGGCCAGCCCAACAUCGUCGAGCUCAAGGGGGCCUUCGAGGACAAGCACUCGGUCCACCUCGUCAUGGAGCUGUGCGCCGGCGGUGAGCUGUUCGACCGGAUCAUCGCGAAAGGUCAUUACACGGAGCGAGCCGCGGCUUCGCUGCUGAGGACCAUUGUUCAGAUCGUGCACACGUGUCACUCGAUGGGGGUGAUCCACAGGGAUCUUAAGCCCGAGAAUUUCCUCCUGCUUAGUAAGGAUGAGAGCGCUCCGCUUAAGGCCACCGAUUUUGGGCUAUCGAUGUUUUACAAGCCAGGGGAGCAGUUCAAGGACAUUGUUGGAAGUGCGUAUUACAUAGCUCCAGAAGUGUUGAAGAGGAAGUAUGGGCCAGAAGCUGAUAUAUGGAGCAUUGGGGUUAUGUUGUACAUUCUUCUAUGUGGUGUUCCUCCUUUCUGGGCAGAAUCUGAGCAUGGAAUAUUCAACGCGAUUCUACGUGGUCACAUCGAUUUCACGAGCGAUCCAUGGCCGUCGAUCUCGCCACCGGCCAAGGACCUUGUUCGAAAGAUGCUCAACUCGGAUCCGAAACAAAGGCUCACAGCUUCUCAAGUCCUAAUGCAUCCAUGGAUCCAAGAGGAUGGAGAAGCACCCGACAUUCCUCUUGACAAUGCUGUGUUGGGCAGACUCAAGCAAUUCAAAGCCAUGAACAAGUUCAAGAAAGUUGCUCUAAGGGUUAUCGCUGGGUGCUUAUCGGAGGAAGAGAUCAUGGGACUCAAGGAGAUGUUUAAGGGCAUGGACAGUGACAAUAGUGGCACAAUAACCCUCGAGGAACUCAAACAAGGGCUGGCAAAGCAAGGAACCAAGCUUUCUGAAGUUGAGGUCAAACAAUUAAUGGAAGCAGCUGAUGCAGAUGGGAAUGGAACCAUUGACUACGAUGAGUUCAUCACAGCCACAAUGCACAUGAACAGGAUGGACAGAGAAGAACAUCUCUACACUGCUUUCCAACAUUUCGACAAAGACAACAGCGGGUACAUCACUACUGAAGAGCUUCAGCAAGCUCUCAUCGAGUUCGGUAUCAAUGACGACAAAGAGCUCAAGGACAUCCUCUCUGAGGUUGACAACGAUAAUGACGGCCGGAUCAACUAUGAGGAGUUUGUGGCGAUGAUGAGAAAAGGGAACCCAGAAGCUAAUCCAAAAAAGAGGCGUGACACGGUGUUUGUUUGAUCGGUGAUUUUCAUUAUGUCAACGAUAGUUAAUGGUCAAGAUGUGACUUGGGAUGAGCGUAACCUAAUGAUGGAUCAUCUUUUGGAUCAAACUAGUUUGUGCAAAGGAAACUAAUUUGUUGGUGAUAAGAGAAAAUUAGACCCCAAAAAAAAAAAUGUGGCUUGGCAACAAAUGAAGGAUUAUACCUCUGGCCAUAUGUGUGUAUUACUACUUCAGUCUGUGUGUGGUGUGCAAGGAGAGGGAUAGGGAGGGAAAAGGUUGUUAUAAUGUAUAAUAAUUUUAUAUAUAUCCUUGUAAGGAGACAGAGAUUGGUGAUGUGUUUUUAGUGGUGGUCUUGAGGCUUUGACUAAAAGUUUGAUGGGUUUUCGAAGAAGAGAUCUUGGCUUCUUUUCUUUGUUGUUUUUCUUUCGUGAAUUUUAUAAAUACGAAAACAUCAUUAUAAAAACCGAAUUAUCAAAAAAGUAUUACUUGUCAAAAACGACUCAAUAUGACAUUUAUUUUUUGAACUAUUUUUCAUUGUGUCACAAACAUUUACUUCCUAAACUAUUUUUUUCAUUAGUGUUGACCAUCAAUAUGGAAUUUUUAGUAUUGAUAUUUAUCUAAAAUGAUUAAAAAAAUAAAAAGUUACAAAAUUCCCAAAUUGCUCCAUCAAUUUCGCUCCUAAGUCAACAUCAAAUUGACCACCGUCUGGUCAACCGUUAUCUAUAACGAUCAACAAAAUCGUCAGAACAUAUGACAUACAUGACACAACUAUCAUAGUUGGGAUAUAAAUGGAAUAUUAAAUA